CAAAAGAACGGGAAAGGUCGGGAGCGUACUUGUCAAGCUCCUGCCGCUCUUGUAGCUUUCUUCUGCUGUGGGUAUACAGAUGCUUUUCUCUACCCUGCAUAUUUCCUUUUGUCGGUGUCCUGAACCCUGAUUGUCUGCUUUAUCAGGCCUUGAUGUCAGGUUGCGAGCAUGAAAUCUAAGUCCUGCAGUUGUCUUACUAGCAGAUACUCAAGCGACAUGGAGCCCCCAAUUCCCCGCAAUAUCGACCUUGACCUAGAUCGGGACACGACGAGGCCGACUGCGUUGAAACGCAAGGGCUCAACACUCCAAACGUCGGUGGAGGUUAUGAGAUGCAAGUUUGGGAAGCCAGCGGGUUCACCGGAGGGUAAUGGCGAGUUCAAGCCAUCGAAAGACUGGACACCGAUAUACUAUGCUGUCUACCACCAACGAGAGGCAGCGCUUUCACAUUUCCUACGCGCUGGCGCAACGCCGAAUGAUGUCGCUGGCUUGGGACUACCACCGCUAUGCAUCGCCAUUGCCAACGGCUACGCCAGCCUCGCGAGAGUACUUCUGGACGCCGGCGCAGAAGCCGAUGCUGCAAUCAAGGCCAGCGGCGAAACAGCCCUUCACAUAGCCGUCAAGAAUGGCCGCAGCGAUCUCAUCGAACUUUUGAUCCCAUACGGACCUAACCUCGAGACGAAAACAAACGAAUCUGGCGAGACCCCUCUUCAUUACGCAGCUUCGAAGUCCGGAUCCUUAGCCACAGUCAUGACCUUGCUCAAGCAUGGCGCUAGCUACGAAGCCCCCAACGCUCGCGGUGAGACGCCAGCAGAAGCCGCUCUACACGCCAAUAACAUCCAGGGCGCCGUAGCAAUCAUCAAUGCCGCACAUGGAAAGCGUAACAAGCUCGAGAAGGAGAGGGAGAUGCUGCUGAAGCACGUGAAGAAGACACAGGGCCGUUUCUCGGUAGGCAAUGACCUCAUCGCGGACAUCUUCGCUGCAGCUUGCGAUUCGGAGUCCAACGUUCUUGUGGAGGCCAUCAAGAGGGAUGACGCGAGUUUGGUGGAGAUGUUCUUGGAGAAAGGCUCGGAUCCAGAUCGCGAGACCGCCAACGGCCUCCGCCCCAUCUUCGUGGCAUUGGAGUGCGCUGGAGCGCCGGUAAUCACCGCACUCCUGAAGCGCAAUCCUGAUCUUACCAUUCGCGACCGCAAGGACCUCACUGUACUUCAGGCCACUUUCGAAAGUCCAUUGGCUCAGGAGAAAGAGACUAUGUCUAUCAUCCUGGGUGCAUUGCUGGAGCAGGGCGCGGAUGCUACAGUGACUUAUCCGGACGGCAAGACACUGCUCCAUCACGCCGUAUCUCCACGGUUCAGCCACCCCAAAAUCGCGCUUCAGCUCAUCGACGCUGGCGCAGAGGUCAAUGCAAGGGACCAAGACGGCGAUACACCUCUACAUCUCGCAACGCACAACAGAGUCUGCACAGAGCUGUUGCUAAGACAAGAAGCAAACGCUGAUCUUACUAAUGCUGAAGAACUUACGCCUUUGCUCAACGCUACAACGAACAGUACAAAGGACCAGGAGCCAGAUCUGGAGUCUCUCAUCAAAGCAUCUGACCUACGUAAGACCAACAUCAACGGACAAACAGCUUUACAUCUCGCCGCAACCAAUGGACUGGAGAGGACGGUACAGUCGUUACUACAAGCUCGCGCGAACACAGCCAUCGGCGACAAGGACAAGAACACGCCGCUUCUUCUCGCCGUAAAGCAUCACCAAUGGUCCAUCGUACCACUGCUCACGAUACCACCGAGCAUCAACUCUUGGGAUGAGGACGGCAUGAGUCCUCUUCAUCUCAUUGCUUGCACCAUACCCAAAGCGCCGGCGACAUGGAACGACAUCGCUGCCAUUGUUGGCCCCUUCUGCGAACGCGGCGUCAGCAGAACUACGCGCGAGCGAUCAGGUGCAACACCGCUUAUUCUUGCUAUCAAAACACUUCCAGAGGACGGCCUACCUGUGAUCGAGGCUCUACUAGCACAGAAGGCAGACCGUAAAGCGAGUCGGAACUGCGUCAACCACGAAGACCACCAAAAGCAAGAUGCGCUGUUCUACGCGGUGACGACAGGCAAACCCGUCUUCGUAGAUGCGUUGCUCAAGCACGGUGCUACGUUCGACUUUGAAGAUUGGGUACCUGGAACCAGCCAGUUGCAGCCUUCGGUCGAGGCCGAUAAGCAGAUUCUCAAGCUCUUCGCACAGUACGAGUGGAUGAAGCGGGCCGGGGCAUUGCGAAGACGGCCCAGCAAUCCAGUCGCUGAAGUUUCGUCCUUUUCCACGACGUUGCCUGUUAAGGACCUUGAGCAGAUGAUCGCGAUGGGUUUGGACGUUAAUGCUUUACCGCGAUCAGCACUGGGGGUCUCUUUAAUAUGCGCGGUCCUACGCCAUAUUACACUACAACCGCCAAUGCCAGCGGAGUACAUUUUGGAUAUACUCAAUGUUGUCCUGGACGGAGGCGCUAACCCGAAUGCGGGCAUCCCCCGGAGCUCAAGGCGUUCACCAUCACCACAGUCUGCGUCAGAGGCAACGCAGACCUCGGUCUUGAACCAGCAUCCAAUCACCUUUUUACUUGAGGAGUGCCCUGACGUCGCAUUGGAUGUUCUGACACUGCUGGUAGCAAAGGGUGCCCAACUUACUAUCGCGUCUCCGUUUUCCAAUGGCCGCUUACCACUGCACUCAGCAGUCGUGGCGCAUCGCUUUGACGUGGUGCAGGACUUCCUGCUGCACGGGGCGGACGUGAACAGUCUCGAUAACAAGGGACGAACACCACUCUUCAUGGCCGCUGAAGGUGGGGAUUGGGAGAUCUUGAACUUGUUGCUUCGCAGCGGCGCCAGCAUGGACACGCUCGAUGUCGAGAACAACACGCCCUUGCAUGCCGCAGCUGUCGGUGGCAAUGAGAACAUUGCCUCCUCGCUCCUCCUUGAAGGCGCUAAAGCGAACGUGAAGAACGUGGCCGGCCUGACACCAAUGGCGUGUGUAGGCGACAACUAUUCAGAGGAAGGGAGAAGCCUCAUCGUAGCCAUGCUCAAAGAUGCCGAAGAGAAGGAGGAGAAAGACGAGAAGGACCAACGGAAACGCAUCGAAGCAACCGCCGCACACGAAGCCAAGAUCCAGCAGCUGAAGGAUGACGAAGCGAAAGCGAAACUACAAAAAGAACAAGACGCAAAAGCUCGCAUCCAAAAGGCCAACGAAGAGGCCGCAGCUCAACGUCUUCCCCAACAACAACAACAACAACAGCAACAACAGUCCCUCCCUGCCCCAAUGCCCACAUCCCCACCACUACCCACUACCCGCAAACCCUCCUUCCUAUCCCGAAAGACCUCGCUCUUCUUCAACAAGUCAAAAGUCACGACCCCGACCCUCCAAUCCGACACCCUCCCCAAACCAAAGCAAACAUCCAUGCUUCGUCUCCGCAUCAACACACCACCCACCAAACAACAACCCCACCCCAACUCAGACCUCGGACCCCCCGUCAUCCCCAACCGCGCCAUCCCCUCCCCCCACAUCCUCGCCAGCCCCGACUUCUUCAGCACAGAGUUCAACAACAUGAUGGAUCCACGGCCUGUUAUCGCGCUGCCGGCGGCUAUACAGCGGCGGACGACUGCGGCGCGGGUUGAUAGCGGGUUGAGUGAGAGGCGCAGUAGUAGUAGUGUGAUGGGUAUAUUGGAUCUAGAGAAGGUGAAUGAGAAGUUGACGAGUCCGAAGGUAGGGUGUAAGAGGGAGAGUCAGAGGGAAAGUAAUGGGGAGUUGGCGGAUUGGUUGGCGUUGACGAAGAUGAUGGAUGGAUUGUAAGCGUUCUUUGAUGUUUCCUUGUUUCGUUUCUUGUAACUUUACGACUUUUCCUGUGUAUACCCAACGUGUUCUUCUUUUCUUUUCUCGGUGUUUCGUCAAUUCUUCGCUGGCAAUUAUCUUUUCGGCAUAUUCUGGAGUGCGUUGCGAUUUCCUUUGUGGUAUUAGCAGUACUAUUUGCCUAGGCGUACACGAUGCUGGGAGGUACAUGUUGAUACCCUGUCUUUUGAGUACACACAAUACACCUUUUUAAACUGACUUGUUUUUGGAUAUGCUUCUGUCGCGACUGAAGUUUCUUCACAAGCUUUGCUGAGCUCGAUGUCAGAUACUUUUUUGAAGCGUAUGAUGCCACCAUCACAACAUAUG